AUGGAAACUGGGCCAAGUUGGAUUUGCCUUUACAAGUUACAGUAUUUAACUAUUGUGCUGGACCUGUGGUUUGGAGAGAGUAUAGCUGUGAUAAUCGAUGAUGAUUUGGAGAUCAGAUUCCGAUGUGAUCUUGCAAAGUUUCUAACUACCAACAUCUUUCUCAUCUCACAUGUGUGGGAUCAACAUAUCUUCACCCAUUCUGUCAAAAUUGGCCAAGACUCCAUUCAAGCUGACAGAGACGAUCCGAACCCACCUCUAGUGACUGCUCCAUUUGGCCAUGCCUCACAGGAAAUUGUAAACUUACUGCUAUGCGGGCAGGCUGUCCCUAAUGUGUUUGAUGGAAGGAUGGAUUUAGGUGGGGGCAUGUCUUUGAAGGGAAUAUCCACAUGUGUGGAAGUUGGAUUCCUUACUUUGCUAGAAUCCCUGAAUUUCUGUAAGGUUGGGCAGUUUCUGAAAUGCCCAAAAUGGCCAAUAUGGGUUGUUGGGAGUGAGUCUCAUUAUACAGUCCUAUUUGCUCUUGAUACCACUGUUCAAGAUGAGAAUGAACUGGAAGAAAGAGAGUCACAGAUCAGGAAGGCAUUUGAUGCGCAAGAUCAGAGUGGAGGAGGUGGCUUCAUCAGUGUGGAAGGGUUCCAUCAAGUCCUCAGAGAAACAGGCAUCGACCUUCCACCUGAGAAGCUAGAUCACCUCUGUGGGGCUGGGUUUAUUGUAUGGAGUGAGCUCUGGCAGGUUCUUCUGGAUUUAGACAAGAGAUUUGGAGGCUUAAAAGAUCCUACUGGAUCAAUGGGUAAGAAGGUCUUUGAUCUUUACCAUUUUAAUGGGAUUGCAAAAUCGGUCUUGAAUGGGAGUCCAGCAGCUUCAGGAAGUGAGAUGCCAAUUCAAAGACCUAGACUUACAAAAUUGAGGGUUUCAGUUCCCCCAAGAUGGACUCCUGAGGAGUUUAUGGCAGAUGUUGUAUUGCCCUCUGCUUCAGGUGGGAAUGACCCAAGUGCAAAAGAAACGGUUAUUGAAGUGGCUAAACCAGAGCCUGCUCAACAUGCACCAUUGGUGGACUGCAUUAGAACGCGCUGGCCAAGGGCUGUUUGCAACUGGGUGGGGGAUCCCCCUAGCAUAGUCUGAAUGGUUUAUUAUUUUUAUUCGGGAUCCUUUUAAAGUGCGGUGUGGUUUGAACUCAGAGAGCACAGUGAUGGUGGCCCCUUGAUUUUAGUUAAAAAAAAACUUGGGGCACAGGACAAAGAGAAUGUUUCUUUCAUUCAAAGUUGAUGAUGAUAAACUAUCAGGCACAGGAAAGAGUUUGUUUUUAGUAUUUCGUCAGGUCCCCAAUAUAUGCUUCUCUCCAUUUAUGCUGUUAUUGUUGUGACAUUCUAAUUCGAUUUUGAUGUCAGAAAAGGGAGGGAAGGAUUCCGUGAUAAUUUAUUGCCCCACCCAAUCUGUAAAAUUUAUUCUAACUUUCAGGCACAGCACCCUCGUUGAUUAGGAAUACGUUCUUUCUAUCUCUCAGGGAGGUCAUCAAUAAAACAUAAUAUCUGUGUUGUUGCUGCCGA